AUGGCGGCUGAGGAUGAAAUUUUGGAGGUUGAUAGUCAGAUUGAGGUGGAAGGAUUGAUGAUUGUAGAAGACAAAAAAACGAUUCAUCGCCCAUGGAAAAUAGGAGUGAUUGUCAAGUUUUUGGGGAGGAAGAUUGGUUACAAGGCACUUGAGACGAGACUACGACAAAUGUGGAUGAAGAAAGGUAUCAUUGAUAUGAGCAAUGAUUAUUACCUAAUAGAGUUUUCGCACGAGGAUGAUAAACUGGUAGCAAUGGAAAACGAUCCUUGGUUCAUAUACGACCAUUAUCUUACGGUCAAGGAUCGGUGUCCAAACUUUCAUCCGGAGAAGGAUUCCAUUGAUGAAAUAGCAGUAUGGAUCCGAAUUGCACGAUUACCAAUAGAGUAUUACGAUGCAAGAGUUCUGACUUCCAUUGGUAAUCAGAUUCGUUCAUCUCUGAUGGAAACAAGUUCAACUAAGAGGCAGCAAUUGGAAAUCCUAACAUCCACUUCACUGCCUACACUUCCAUUUGAUCUUGUUGCACAUAUUUUCUCUACACUUCCAGUCAAGCUCCUUCUUCAACUUCGCUGUCUCUCCAAGUCUUUCAAUUCUCUGAUAUCUCAUUCCAAUUUUGCAAAGGAACAUCUUAAUUCAUCAAUCAACCGCCACCACCUUAUGCUAACCUCUACAAACGAUUUAACUGAAUUACUUCUCUUUCAUUCCCCAAUCUCUUCUAUUCUUUCAAUUUCUACCCUUACGCAAACACAACUCAAUUAUCCUAUUACUCCCAAAAAUUUCAAACACGGUCCUCCUUUCGGUUUCUCCUCUUGUGACGGCAUCCUUUGUUUUUCCAUUGAUGAAUCUUCUGCUGUUUUGUGGAACCCCUCCAUUAGAAAAUUUAAGUUAUUGCCUCCUUUGAAAAGUUCCAAGAAAACAUUUUCGUUUUCUAUGUAUAGCUUUGGGUAUUAUCAUUUGCGUAAUAGUUAUAAGACUAUUGCACUCUCAUUCUGUGUUGAAAACAAAACCGAAGUUAGUGUUAAUACUAUGGGUACAGAUUGCUGGAGAAGGUUAAAGGACUUUCCAUGUUAUGGCUACAUUUAUGGAUCCGGAGUAUUCCUGAGAGAUACUGUUCAUUGGUUAACACAUGCUUUCGGUAGUAGUUCCUUGUGUGCCAUUGUUUUUCUUGAUUUGGAGAAGGAGUCGUAUAGAAAGCUUUACAUGUAUGAUUUGAAGCAGUUCAAAUGCAACUUGGGGGUGGUUAGGGAUUGCUUAUGCAUAUCUGAAUGGAAUGAUACGUUUUUCAACGUUUGGAUCAUGAAGGAAUAUGAAAAUAAAGAAUCUUGGACUAAAUUGUACAACAUUCCGUAUAUGAAAGAUCAUGUUUUGUGUUCCUAUAACAAUGUUUUAUAUGUUUCAGAAGAUGACCAACUGCUCAUGCAAUUUUAUGAGGUGGGAAGUAAGAAAUUAAAGUUGGUUAUUUAUGAUCCAAAAAAUGCUACUUGGAAGAUUCCUGAGAUUCAAAACUUCAGAUAUUCAAAAGUCUACGUUGAAAGUUUGAUAUCGCCUUGUUCUUAA